CAUUCAGGCGCACGCUGCUGGGAGAAGGAGGAAAGGACAGGAGAGCGUCAGUGUGCUGCGAGCUACGACGCAGGCUUCAGCAACACGAGCGCCUCUCCCUGAUUGGCUAAGGGGUGGCGAUUCCGUUUUCGUCGCGGAUUCGGUUGAUCAGUCAGCGGGCCAGCUCCUGGCGUCGCCGUCUGUCUCCCAGCAGUCGGCCGCUGGGGAGCGAGUGAGACUUGAAGGGUCCCAGUUUUUCAGAGUGGAGUGGAGUAGCCGUACAAGGCAGUCGGAUAGCGUCGCCCUUGACACUGAAGGAAAGCAGUGGGCAGCUAGUGUGCGUGUGUGUGUGAAAGAGUGUGUGUGUAUGUGUGUGAGGGGGCACACACAGCCUGGUCUAUUUCUCCACAGGACUGGGGAUUUAAUAGAUUUUUUUUACGUAGGACUGGGUAUUGGUAGAGGUUUUCAAGAUGCCUGUGUUCCACACGAAGACGAUAGAGAGCAUUCUGGAGCCGGUGGCUCAGCAAAUCUCCAAUUUGGUGAUUAUGCACGAAGAGGGCGAAGUUGAUGGCAAAGCGAUACCAGACCUCACCGGCCCAGUGGCGGCUGUGCAAGCCGCUGUCAGCAACCUCGUACGGGUUGGAAAGGAGACCGUACAGACAACAGAAGAUCAGAUCAUGAAGAGAGACAUGCCCUCUGCCUUUAUUAAGGUGGAGAAUGCGAGUGAUAAGCUGUUCCAGGCGGCCCAGAUGUUGAAGGCGGACCCCUACUCGGUUCCGGCCCGAGACCACUUGAUUGACGGCUCCAGAGGCAUCCUGUCCGGCACAUCAGACCUCCUACUCACCUUCGACGAGGCCGAGGUGCGUAAGAUCAUCCGCGUGUGUAAGGGCAUCCUGGAGUAUCUGACGGUGGCUGAGGUUGUGGAGACCAUGGAGGACCUGGUGACCUACACCAAGAACCUGGGACCAGGUAUGACGAAGAUGGCGAAGAUGAUUGACGAGCGGCAGCAGGAGCUAACACAUCAAGAGCACCGCGUCAUGCUGGUCAACUCCAUGAACACCGUCAAGGAGUUACUACCUGUACUCAUCUCAGCCAUCAAGAUCUCGGUGACGACGCGGUGUGGCGGGGGCCAGGGGCUGGAGGAGGCGGUGAGGAAUAGGGAGUACACCUUCACCAAGAUGAGCCAGGAGAUCACCGAGAUCAUACGAGUACUGCAGCUCACCUCAUGGGAUGAGGACGCAUGGGCCAACAAGGAUAUGGAGGCGAUGAAGAGGGCUCUGGCUCUGAUUGACGCCAAGAUGGCACUGGCCAAAGCCUGGCUCAAAGACACCAAUGCCAUGCCAGGUGAGGCCGGUGAGCAGGCGUUGCGAGUGGUGCUGGACGAGGCUGGCAAGGUGGGGGAGCUGUGUGCAGGGAAGGAGAGGAGGGACAUCCUGGGCACCAGCAAGACACUGGGACAGAUGACCGACCAGGUGGCCGACCACAGGGCCAGAGGGCAGGGUGCUAGUCCCGGCGGGGUGCAGAAGGCAGGCCAGGUGAAUCAGGGUCUGGACGUGCUGCAGGCGAAGGUGGAGGCGGCCGCACGCAAACUGGAGGCUCUCAUCAACGCCAAGCAGGCCUUCGCACGCAGCAUGGACGCAGCACUGAGUUGGCUGGCAGACCCUAACGGCGGUCCGGAAGGGGAGGAGCUUAUCCGAGCGCUGCUAGCGGAGGCUAAGAAAGUGGCCGACAUGUGCGAGGACCCUCGUGACCGCGAUGACAUCCUACGCUCCAUCAAUGACAUCACCGCCCUCACCGCCAAGCUAGUGGAGCUACGCAAGCAGCCAGUGUUGCAAGCGUGUAAGACAGGCCAGUGGCUGGCCCUCCCUGAUUGGAUGCUGUGUGUCAGGUGCCUAAAGCUGGGUGCCACGCCCACAGAGGGCUGCAGGGGUAAGGGUAACACCCCUGAGGGUCGUGCCCUGGCCAAGGCCGUGGCCGAUGCCCUGCAGACCCUGCAGCUGAAGGUCAACAGGGCCGUGGCCAACAUGCGGCCCGCCAAGCCAGCGCUCACCCUGGAGGGCAAGAUGGAGCAGGCCAUACGCUGGAUCAACAACCCCAGCGUUGACGACCGCGGAGUGGGUCAGGCUGCUAUCCGUGGCCUGGUAGCGGAGGGUCGGCGCCUGGCUGCUGGUCUUCCGGCUCCGUACCGCCAGGACCUGCUGGGCCGCUGUGAACGCGUGGAGACGCAGAUGAUGCAGCUGGCCGAGCUGGCGGCACGUGGGGAGGCUGACACGCCAGCGGCACGCGCCCUGGCCGCACAGCUACUGGAGUCUCUUAAGGACCUGAAGGCUAAGAUGCAGGAAGCCAUGACCCAGGAAGUGUCUGACGUCUUCAGUGACACGACCACGCCCAUCAAACUGCUGGCUGUGGCCGCGACUGCUCCACCUGAGGCACCCAACAGAGGGGAGGUGUUUGAAGACCGGGCGUCUAACUUUGAGAACCAUGCCAACCGACUGGGGGCCACUGCAGAGAAGGCUGCAGCUGUGGGCACUGCCAACAAGGGUACCGUGGAGGGCAUACAGAGUGCCGUCAAGUCCGCCAGGGAGCUCACUCCUCAGGUGGUCUCUGCUGCCCGUAUCCUGCUGAAGAACCCAGGCAACCAGCCGGCAUAUGAGCACUUUGAGACCAUGAAGAACCAGUGGAUCGAUAACAUUGAGAAGCUCACAGGGCUGGUGGACGAGGCCAUAGACACGCGCUCCCUGCUGGACGCGUCUGAGGAGGCGAUUAAGAAGGACAUUGACAAGUGCCGCGUGGCCAUGGCCAACGUGCAGCCCCAGAUGUUGGUCGCCGGGGCGACGAGCAUCGCGCGCCGGGCCAAUCGCAUCCUGCUGGUGGCCAAGCGGGAGGUGGAGAACUCGGAGGACCCUAAGUUCCGAGAGCUGGUGAAGGCGGCGUCGGACGAUCUCAGCAGGACCAUCUCACCCAUGGUGAUGGACGCCAAGGCGGUGGCCGGGAACAUACAGGACCCGGGCCUCCAGAAGAGCUUCCUGGACUCUGGUUAUCGGAUCCUGGCUGCGGUGGGCAAAGUCAGAGAGGCCUUCAACCCCCAGCAGGAGCCUGACUUCCCACCUCCACCCCCAGACCUGGACCAGCUGCCUGUGGUUGACGAACAGGCUCCCCCCAAGCCUCCUCUGCCUGAGGGAGAGGUGCCCCCCCCUCGCCCCCCUCCCCCGGAGGAGAAGGACGAGGAGUUCCCGGAGCAGAAGGCCGGCGAGAUGGUCAGCGAGCCCAUGAUGGUGGCCGCCCGGCAGCUGCACGACGAGGCCCGCAAGUGGUCCAGCAAGCCGGAGGAGCCCGAGGGCUUUGACGGCGAGGAUGAGGAGGACGACUUCACCGACAACGAGGACGACUUCGAGCCGGAGCUGCUGCUCAUGACCACGUCCAAUCAGCCGGUCAACCAGCCCAUCCUGGCCGCCGCCCAGUCCUUGCACCAGGAAGCCCGCAAGUGGUCCAGCAAGGGCAACGACAUCAUUGCGGCGGCCAAGCGCAUGGCCCUGCUGAUGGCGGAGAUGUCUCGGCUGGUGCGCGGCGGCAGCGGCAACAAGCGGGCGCUCAUCCAGUGUGCCAAGGACAUCGCCAAGGCCUCCGACGAGGUCACGCGCCUGGCCAAGGAAGUGGCCAAGCAGUGCACUGACAAGCGCAUUCGCACCAACCUGCUGCAGGUGUGUGAGCGUAUCCCCACCAUCAGCACACAGCUGAAGAUUCUCUCCACCGUCAAAGCCACCAUGCUGGGACGCACCAACAUCAGUGAAGAGGAGUCAGAACAGGCCACGGAGAUGUUGGUGCAUAAUGCCCAGAACCUGAUGCAGUCUGUCAAGGAGACCGUGAGAGAGGCUGAGGCCGCCUCCAUCAAGAUCCGCACAGACGCCGGCUUCACCCUGCGCUGGGUCCGCAAGACCCCCUGGUACCAGUGAAGACCACCACUCUCAUGACCUCCACACCACCAUCACACCACCCCCAUGUGAUCUCCCCACGACCCUGUGUCCUUUGUAUGAACUUGUGACCUUCACCCUCACCUUCAAUAACAUCCGCACCGGCGCCGGCUUUACCCUGCGCUGGGUCCGCAAGACCCCCUUGUACAAGUGAACAGCAUGACCUCUACUCAACCUCCACAUGACCUUCACAUGACCCCCACGUGACCUCCAGACGACCCUGUGUCCUUCGUAUGAACUUGUGACCUUCUAGGCUGGCAUCAUGCAAAGGCGUAAUUAUUUCACGCCAGUGCAUUCCGCGUUGGGAAGCGAGGACUUUGCAUGUCAAGUCAUGCUCCUCAACGCCACGGGAAAGCACUUUUGUCUUGUGACCAGGUUCGCACAGUUUUCCCACCAUCCCGUCAAAUUUCUGUGGAAGCGGCUAAUUUCUGUUGCUAAAAGCUGCUGUGCCCUGACCAAAACCAUCCCAAAACCUAACCUGUCAGUAAAGCAAUGUUUCUGCCGCUUUACUUUUGGCAAGAACAGCGAAACUAAGCAAGGGAAAUGGCAAAAUUGUGCCCAGACCAAAACCACCCCUAAACCUAACCUGUCACAGGGCGUUGUGGAGCAUGCGUUAACAUGCAAAGCCGCGAUGCACAAAAGCGAGAGACGGUUCACGUUGCCAUGCUGUUUAACGCUUUGGUAUGAUGCAAUGUUGAACCUUCAAUAAGAUCCACACCAACGCUGGCUUCAUCCUCUGGUGGGUCUGCAAGACCCUCUGGUACCAGUGAACAAUAUGACCUCUACACAACCUCUACACGACCUUCAUGUGGGCCUGUGACCUUCAUGUGGGCCGGUGGGCCCGGACUUCUUCUCUCUGCUCCUCUUCUUCUAGGCCCACCGGCACUAAGCUGUGCUAGUCGGGUUGGUUGAUUGAUCACAAACACACAAACAAACACACACACACACACACACACACACACACACACACACACACACACACACACACACACACACACACACACACACACACUGUACUGUAUUUCUAGAGAUAUUGCUCUCUCUCUCUCUCUCUCUCUCUCUCUCUCUCUCUCUCUCUCUCUCGUACACACACACACACACACACACACACACACACACACACACACACACACACACACACACACACACACACACACACACACACACACACCUGUGUUUACUGCGAUGGCUGUCUGUAUGGGGAAAGAUUGCCGCUUUCCCUCACACUGUAAAGUCACACCAGAAGGUUUUUGGAAUAUUCUAUAUUUUUGGUAUGUUGGUUUUCGAGAGUUUAUCCCAAUUCCAGGUAUUUAUAUACAUAUUUUUGCAUGUUGAGUUAUUUUCGAUUCAUUUUUUCUAUUUUUAAAAUGAAGUUGACACGGUUUGUCAUCUUAAAUGAAGUUUACUCUUAAUUCACUUCUCAUAGCAGGAUUUUCUUAAUGGGGGAAAAUAUGUGUAUAUAUUUAUAUGUUUUACAAAUGUUUUCAAGCAAAGUAUUAUUUUGGUCAAACUUUAUCUUGUUUUUAUCUAGCUUCAUACCUUAAAUUAUUGUUCACUUCUUACUACUUCUAAGCUAGUCAGCUAGUUAGCUAGUCAUCUAGUCUUACCUGCUGUCUGUCUAUUGGAUGCUAUGGGUGUCUGUGAAGAUUAGCCUUUUUCACCAUGACAACAGACAAGUUCUGUCUGUGAAGAGAAGCAGGAAAACAACAAUGGGUUUCAAUAGAAAAGCGGUGUGUAAGUUUAUGUCUGUGCCACUUGAUGCGACUUUUUUGUUGCUUCAAAUGCAUUGAUUCGUAGGUGUCUGAUGCUAAGUGAAAAAAGCUCAUUCUCAUUAAUCCUCAUCAUGUCAUCCACAUAGCUCAGCUGUAAGCACCAAGACCUUCUCUUCUGUUGAAAGACUAGCCUGCUUUUACCAGACCACAUUAAUUACUUUGUAAUUCAUUUUAGGUCUGGGUCCUGGGUUCCCCUGAAGCGCUUGAGCGAGAGAAGUGAGCUCAGCUCUGGUUUGAAAUGAGCUCUGACGUAUGUUAUUAUUUUCCCAAGUGCGUUCGCUUAUUGGCUGGUAACACCGGUAGUCUGAAAACCGACUGAAAACCCUCCCCAGAGAAGCGUAAUCAGACCAUUUAUGGAUUACAAAGUAAUUCAAAAUGAAUGGUCUGGCCUGACAGGCUAUUGAAAGACUGCUACAGGUGAUAAACAAAAGCACAGUUGUUUUUAGCCUUUAUGUUUUUACUGUUUUGGUGUCACAGAAGCACACUUUAUGAUUUAUUUAGAAUGACAGUGUUUUGGAUGCACAACUUGGCCUUCAUACGCACGUAUACUUUUUUGUUCCAUAAAAGCACAGUUUUUAUGUUUAGAUUUUCAAUUUUGAUAUUAGAAGUGUAGUGGACACAGUUGUUGUAUUUCAAAGCUUUAGCUUGCCUAUACCCAAAGACAAUCAGAUUCACAUAUGCAUAUCUAUGCUCUAAUCACGAAGGAUGCUGAAGAUUUGGCGUUAGAUUCACAUAUGUAUAGUAUAUCUUCAAAGACUGAGUGAUAUCGCAUUUGUGCAUAUCUGCAAUGACAGUUAUUUUUUGUGUCCAUUGACACUCAACAUUGUCACAGUAGUUGUCAGCUUGAAUAGAGUAGCCUAUGCGCUUGAAUCUGACACUUUAAUUUGCUAAAACCUUUUUUUACUAGCAUUUAAACACGUGUGCGAGUGGAAAUUUUUUUUUUUGCUGUGAUGUUAUUUAAUAUUUUUGAAUGAAGAAAAGACUUUUAGCACAACCACUAAACAGUUGAGCUGUUUAAUAUUCUUGUGGAACUUAAAGAGUUUAAGAAUUGAGAGUGUUAGUGUUGGACUUGCCAAUCACAAUGUAGAGUGCAGACGGUUCUAGAAGGUUCUAGACGGCAUUGACAUGGGAACUGGGCCAGAACAGGCUGGCCAGCCACCUUGUUAGUCAGAGGUGGCAUGUGUGUGCGUGUGUAGUGUUCACCAAGCUUUACACAGCAGGGCUCAGGAGUGUUUUUAUUCACAACUUGUCUGAUUGCAGGUCAUUGUUACAUGAUGUACAGGAGCUGUCUUUCUAACUGCCUGAUCAGAAAUAAGUGGGUGGUAAGGACCCCAGUGGCACGGGAGACAAUGGGCAGUUGAUGUAUGAUCAGGAUGUGCCAGUCUAUAUACAGUACACAUGCCAGUCUGCCAGUGUGCCAGUCCACCUGUGUAGCCCCUGUACUGUAUUUUAUAACCAUGAUGGGCAACCUGGAUUCAAAAGCUUCAACCCAGUACCACAUAUUCCAAAUGACCUGUUUUCACCUGUACAUUUAGGUUCACUUACCUGGUUGAAUUGGCUAGGUACAGUAAGACCAGGUCAUUUGCAAUAUGUGGCACUGGAUUCCAGCUUCUGAAUCCACGUUGCUCAGUGUGGCACGUGUAGCCGUGUAUUUUAUAACCAUUGCGACUAUGUAUGUGUGUAAUUUACUUUAUAACCAGAUGGCUGUAGAGCUUGAACACCAGUGUGCCCGUGCACUGUACUUGGGUGCAGGUGACACGGGCACCAGAAUAACAGUGUGCUUGAGUGACAGUCUACACCAGGAGCUCUUUUCCAAAACGCCACAUAUACACUUAUUGUGGUUAUCAAUAAAAUCACUGUUUUGUAGUUUGAAUUUGGUCAGGAAUGAACCACAUACCAUUAAUCAAAUUCCAGUAAGUUGUCAAAAGAGCUAUUCGCAUGUGUAUCUGAGUACUUUUAGCACCAGUUUACAUGUUUACAUGUGUGCUGUUUGCUUGAGUGUCACUGUACACAUACAGUAUGCGUGCCAAGUGUACAAGUGGGCUGCUUGCUUGUUUUCUCAGGGCUGUGAACCAGAGGAGGGUAGCGUCUCGUGUUACCGGUUGUAAGAAGUAGCUCCUUCAUUUGAUUCAUGUCAAUGUGCUGAGAGGAUUAAAAAAAACUGGUUCGAA